AGCGAGCACACGGGAAGAGCCGGCGUCGCUGGUGCCGGGACCAGGAGCCUCCGCGAGCAAGAUGGCCGCUCCCGAGACGGAGGCCGAGGGGCGCGGGCACUGAGUCCGGACCCGCGUGCCCUCCUCCCAGCCUGGCCCGAACAAAGACCUCGCGCUUCUAGCCAACAAGUCCGCAUGGGUCAUUCUCUCUGUGCUCACGAGGCCGUUCCAACAGAGCCUUAGCUGGCCCAGAGAGAGAACUCUGGCAGCUCGCUGCUCGGAGCUAGAACCUCGGGGACGGCUGCUGCAACAGGUGCGACCCUGCCCGCCCCAUGCUUGCAGGCGCGCGGAGGCGUGGCCUCCCCCGGGGCGGCCACCUCUGCUGGUUGCUGUGCGCUUUCACCCUAAAGCUCUGCGAAGCAGAGGCUCCGGUGCGCGAGGAGAAGCUGUCAGUGAGCACUUCGACUUCACCAUGUUGGCUGGUGGAAGAGUUUGUGGUGACUGAAGAGUGUGCCCCGUGUUCCAACUUCCAGAUUAAAAGCACGCCCGAGUGUGGUUCUACGGGGUACAUGGAGAAAAUCGCAUGCAGCCCAUCUAAAAGGAAUGAAUUCAGAAGCUGCCGUUCAGCUCUGAUGGAACGACACUUAUUCUGGAAGUUUGAAGGCAGUGUGGUGGCUGUGGCUUUAGUCUUCGCUUGCCUCGUCAUCAUCCGUCAGCGACAACUGGACCGAAAGGCUCUUGAAAAAGUCCGGAAGCAAAUUGAGUCCAUAUAGCUGAAUUCUCCUGUAUUAUGCCAGAUCUUACAGACUGUACGUCAAGCAGAGAAAGCUCAGUGGGCUAAUCUGUACUCUUAAACCUUGUGGUAGUAGCACCUUUCCCUGACUUCCUCUUCCAGACCGCUAAUGAGCACAAUAAAAAGUAAGAUAGAGCUGGGGGCUUGGUGGCACACACUUGUAAUCCUAGCACGUGAGAGAGAGUGUCAGGAGGGUCCUUGGCAAAUUUGUUGGCAGGCCAGGCUGAACUAAAUAGUAAGACUGUCUUUUUAAAAAGUAAUGAAGGAGUAAACCAGUUUCCUUCCCUAUAAUGAUUUGGCUUGGGGAGGACUGGGUGUGGUGCCAUGUGCCUUAAAUCCUAGCACUUGGGUGGCAGAGAGAGAGGCGGAUGUCUGUGAGUUCAAGGCCAGCCAGGGCUACAGAGUGAGACCCUGUCUCAAACAAUUAAAGGGAGCUUGUGAGUUGACGCAGUGGUCAAGAGCAUUGCUCUUACAGAGGAUCUAGGUUUGGUUCCCAGCAUCCAAAUCAGAUGGCUUAUGGUCACAUGUAAUUCUAGUUUCAGAUCUGAUAGCCUGUGGCCUCAAGCCAUGCACAUAAACUCAUGCAUAAACAGACAUAUACGGCAAAAAAGGAAUAAAUCUCUUUAGAUUUCUUUU